GUGGUCAUUGCGCUGCAGGUGGUCCUCUUCUUCUUCGUGGGGUGGUGAAGGCCGGUGUGCAUACGGGGGAAGGUGCCCAAACCGAGGACAUAUGGAAGUCUCAGGGACAGAGUUGUUCCCAGGGGAUAUAGUGUUGAGGGAGACUAUGGACGCCGUCGUCGCACUAAGAGGGCGGAUCGCGGGGCGAACGGUCAUUUUCUACGAGAUGCGUCACCGUAGAGACAAGGAUUAUGGACGGGCGUUCGGGUUCGUGAACACUGUCGCGCGUCAUGAAGUGAGGCACUUCGAGGUCGAUGAAAACGGCCGCACUUGCAUGCUCUUCACUGUCGGUUAUGGUUUCGCUCGUGGAUUGUUCACACAUAUCGUUGCUUUCGCAACGAAGGUCGGAGAUGAGAUUCCUGAUCGAUGGGAAUUCGGCGUAGACGUUCUUGCCGAUCUCGUCGAUCUUCUAGUUUCCAACGUCGCGAUCGAGUUCGAUGACCGCCUAGAUGAGGCCGCUGCAUAUAGGGUCUAUAUGGACCUGCCACUAUACGGUCGUCAGUAUCUUCAUGGUGAGAUCGAGAUUGUUGUGGAUGGUUUUGAGUAAGGAAGGUCUGGCAGACCGAGGUCAAUUGGGACCGGAUUCCCAUUCGAGU